UGCUAGGCACUUAAGCGCAAAAAUCUGAAGCGAUGUUGAAGGAGACCUUCGAUGCCGUUGCUUCAGUACCUGAGAACCCUGACUCUAACCAUAGCCCUAAGGCCCCUAACGUUGGAUUCCGAGAUGGGGAAUACCGCAGCUGCAAUGAUGUGAAGGUGGAGAUGAAGACGGCGAAAAAGAAAGUGCUGGUCGUGAUGGGUGCGACGGGUGUUGGGAAAUCACGGCUUGCCAUCGACCUCGCUAAACACUUCGCCGGCGUCGAAAUCAUCAACGCCGAUUCCAUGCAGGUCUAUCGCGGCCUCGACAUUCUGACCAACAAGGUUCCUCUUUGCGAACGCAAAGGCGUACCUCAUCAUCUCCUUGGCACCAUUGACGCAUCCAUGGAGUUUACCUCGAAAGAUUUUCGUGACAUUGCCAUACCUAUUAUAGAUGAUAUACUAUCGCGUGGUUGCCUUCCUGUCAUUGUUGGGGGUACAAAUUACUACAUACAGGCUCUUGUGAGUCCGUAUCUUGUCGAUGAUGUCGUUGAAGAUAUGGCCGAAGGUUCUGGGAAUUCUUUAUUAGGCGACAUAGAUCUGAACAGCAUUAGUUCGUCUUCUGCCUUUGAACUUCUAAAGGAGAUUGACCCGAUUGCAGCUAAUAGGAUCCACCCAAAUGAUCAUAGAAAGAUACACCGCUAUCUCAGUGUAUAUGCUAGCUCAGGGGUCCUUCCAAGCAGUCUUUUUCAUGGAAACCCUGCGAAAAAAUGGGGACGUGCUGAUAAUUUCAGAUAUACCUGUUGUUUCAUCUGGGUGGAUUCAUCACUGCCUGUUUUGGAUAGAAAUAUUAACUCCAGGGUUGAUUGUAUGAUCGAUGCGGGCUUGUUGGAUGAAGUAUCUGACAUCUACAAACCAAAGUCUGAUUACACUCGUGGCAUGAAGCAAGCAAUAGGUGUACGGGAAUUUGAGGAGUUCUUCAGAGUUUAUUUUCUCAAUAAUGAGGCAUUAUAUACUUCUGCGUGGAAUAGCAACAUCGAUGUUCCAAAUUCAGUUAACAUAAGUCAUAUCUCAAAGCCAAAAUUUGCAGACAUUUUGCACUCCAAGGACUGUGAGCUGCGGAUUUUAUUGGUUGAAGCCAUUGACAAGUUUAAAGCUAAUACACGCAAGCUUGCUCGUCGUCAAAAACGAAGGCUGAAUCAUUUGAAGACAGAUUUUAGCUGGAACUUGAAAUAUAUUGAUGCAACCAGAGCCUUUUCUGAUGAGGCAUGUGAUUGGUGGUCUGCUUUGGUUCUUGAACCUUGUGUCAAUAUCGUUAGAACAUUCUUGCUAGAAGGAGCUGACUCUUUCAUUUCCAAUGAAAUAUCAGAUGAUAUACUUAAGCAGCGGCUGGUGUCAAGGGAACUCUGCACUCAAUAUGUUUGUGAGGCCUGUGGAAAUCGUGUCCUCCGAGGAACACAUGAAUGGGAACAACAUAAAAAAGGACGUGUACACAAGAAAAGAUUUCUUCGUUUCAAGAAGUCCCUAGGGUCCUUCUCCCCUGAUCAACAUACAGAUAAUUAUGCUGAUGUAAGUAAGUUACAAAUCAUUGAUUUCAUAUCUCCAAAACUAUCAACAUGAGGAGAAAUUAUUACGUGCAAAGUCCGGACGUAGAGUUACAUUCGAAAUCUAAUACAAACGUGACACUUGUCAUUGUAUACAGUGUGUAUAAAUUUGUACAGAUUGUGUAGAACUGUGUACACAGUGUGUAUGUUAUAUAUAUAAGUUUGUACACACUAUGUACAUAAUUUUGUAAUUUGUGCAUAGUGUGUACAGUUGUAUACAGUGUAUACAAGGACACGUGUCACAUUUUUAUUAGAGUCCGGACGUAUCCGGACUACGACCGUAAUAAUUUCUCCAACAUGAGACCCCUCUGGAGAUCAUAUUAUAUUCUGCAUCCUUCAAUCACAGGCUUGUCAAACUUCUCUCAUAGGAUAUUCUCUCUUUGAUUUAUUUGAUUGUAACCUUGACAAGGAAGAUCAGUGUUCUACUGGGCAAGGUUUUUGUACUCCUUGCUAGCUUGAGUUACUCUGUACUAGUUAUUGAUCAGAUAUACUAUACAUAGCAGUUUAUUUUACUGCAUUGCAUUUUCAAAUUAAUUA